UUCGUGAACAGAGGUGCUGUAAAAUGUUGACGGUGAUUAUACGACUGACAUUCUUUCUGAAAAUAGUUUCAUCUGUGAGUGUCGCAAACAUUGACAUUGGAAAUGAAAUUCGCGAAAUACGAGAUAAUUUGAUCCAACAAGAAAAAGAUAUUCGCAAACUACAGCUUGAAAAGCAUGCCUACAGGACUGAACUUCAGGAUCUACGAAACGAGAACGGAGAACUGAGGAGGACCGUGGACAAACUUAACGCUGCUGUAUCCCAGCUACAAUCGCACACUAAAUCUGAUGAUGCGAAAUACAGUUUAUCCGAAAUAAAUGGAGAGAACUAUUCUUCAGGAUCUGAUCAGGAUGGACUAGUCGAAUCAUCGAUAAACACAUUUUCUACCAGCAAGGACAAGAGACAGACCACAACCCCUAUAGCAUUCUACGCCUACAUGUCCAGUUCAGAGAGCGCACCAAGCCUUCACCACAUGCUCGUCUUCGACACCAUCAAAACGAAUCUGGGUGGAGGUUACAACAAACAUAGCGGUAUGUUCACAGUUCCUUCCGCUGGGGUAUAUGUGUUCACAUGGACCAUCUACAGUGGUGACAAUGGUAAAACUGCAUUCGCCUUACAUGUUAACAACGACAUUAUCAGUACAACCUAUGGAGAAACAGACGAUGAUGAUGGCGAUUUUGAUUCUGAUUCCGGGACUGUUGUUGUAACCUUAAGGAAAGUCCGUGCUUUUACGUAUCCGGUUUUAAAUUUUAAACACCGACUAGAAAGUUCCAUGCAGUUAUAACUUCUUUGUUUGAUGUUUGUAGUUUACGAGAACUGUACGAGUCAAAUUUAGCAUUCAAGUGUGAAUCUUAGAUAUAUUUACCAUGAAUUAUUAUAGUGUGAAGUCCUCACUAGCUCCAAUGGUACAAAGCAAUGUAAUAUCUGCAUUGAAAGGCUCAUAGGCUUAAAAAGCUCAUAGCUUGCAAUCUAAGCCUGAACAAGUUAAAAAUCAUACAUAGGCGUGAUCCUCACAGAGGAAUUCACACUGAAUUUUAGGGAGUGUGUUUGGUUCAAAGAAACCCAGAAUUAUAAAUUCUCAGAAAAUCAUCAGCAAAGAUGUUGAAUAUUUGAACUCUUCUUCACAAGUACUUUCAAGAAACAAAAUUAUUUGUACAUGAGCUGUAGUUGCUAGAAUCUACAUAUAUGUUACACUAUAUUUAUUUUUUCUAUGAGUAUGAGAUAGCAUGUAGGUAUUUUUAUGUAUGAUUUGAUUGAUAGCCAAACAAAAAAAGAAUAACACACACACCAAAAAAAUUGUGAGAAAAAGGAAGGGGUGGGGGUGCACCCCACCCCCCACUCCUUGUGUUCUAAUUGUCUGGUAGGACAAAAUUUUCAGUAUGUUUUACAUAUAUAUAUAUUGUCAUAUUCUGUUAAUCUUGAUUUAAAGACUGUAUUUGCUGUUACAAUUUACUAUUUUCAAAGUGUGCAAAGAAUAAUUGUAAAACUUAAAUUUAAAAAUGGGGGUUUACAUAUUCAAGAGACCAUUUUGCAAAAUAUCUCUGGUCAACUAUGGUAAAAUAUGUUUUUUUGUUAACCUUAGAUAUAAUUCUAAAUAUUUUUAAAGAAAAACUGGCAUGUAAACAAUUUAGAUUUUGAGAAUUUUUCAAAAUUGCGAUAUUCUGUGAUUUUUUUCUGAAGGAUGUGAGCAGAUUAAACAGCAAUUGUGUAUGUUUUCAAUUGAAUAUCUUUAAAAAUUCUCUCAGUAAAUGAAUAGCUAUUGGUUUUUAUAUAUUAUAGCUUAAUAUGAUGUGCUUUGGUGCAUAUUUUUAAUAAAACAUGAGAUAAUGCA